CAGAUUAAUGUCGCAAUGGCGCCCCUUGAAAGAAUCGUCUAUUUGAGUCACAUGGAUAACCUUGUGUACAUAUCAAGUUGUGAUCUGGGAGCUCGGUCUAAUAGCUACGGAAGUCCAGUUCAUAGAACAUUGAACUCAACUCUCCAACACUCAACCAUACCUCCAAUGACUAGAACAGCAGAAAUACCACAAGGGUUCUUCAAAUAAGGUACAUAACUCCUAGUAGAGCCAAGUACUGCUUUUCAUUACAUACCCAUUUGUUGGGUUCAGGCCUCCGUCAUUCAAGUAGAUAAUGAUAUAUAUCAAGUAAGUCUCGCAAAGCCAAGAGCGUCACUGACUCAAUGCUUUCGAACUACACGGCCCUCACAUGAUGGGCGAAACCGAGCAGUCGCCUCGAAGACGCCAUAUUCUUUCCUCUAUCAACCCUGACAAGCCUGAAAGCCGAAGGAGGAGUCGAUCACCCGAAUCGCGAUCACCAGUUGACGUCAAGAGAGAGCCGUCGCUUGAUGCGACAUCCAAGCACACCGACGCCCAGCGCAAUGACAACCAUGACGAAGGAGAUACCACAGCGCCGAGGCGCUCACGCAUUCGGCUGAAAGACCACCAUAGAUCUCGUCGAAGAUCGCGAGACAGACAUAGGCAUCGAGAUUAUGAUAAUGAUGACAGUCACAGGCGUUCACCUGUCCGUCACCGCCGACACCGACACCGUCGGCGACAUCGCCCUCCCACACCAACAAACCCUCAUGAACCAGAACCUCUAGACCCCGAAGCAGCAUUUCGCGAAUCUCUAUUUGAUGCCAUGGCCGAUGACGAGGGCGCUGCAUACUGGGAAAGUGUAUAUGGCCAACCCGUCCACGUCUACCCCAACGAGCGCGUGGGGCCUACAGGUCACCUAGAGCAAAUGACAGAUGAGGAAUAUGCCUCCUAUGUUCGUCAGAAGAUGUGGGAAAAGACACAUGCUGGUCUGCUUGAGGAGCGUGCUCGCCGUGAAGAGACGAAGAAGCGCAAAGCCGACGAGGAUCGCCGCGCGCAGAAACUUCAAGACGAUAUGGAAUAUAGCAUACGUCGUGGAGAGGAGCGCAGAGAACGUCGACGGUGGGCGCAACGAUGGGAAGACUACACGAGUGCUUGGAUAAACUGGGAUGGUACGCCCACAGAAAUUGCAUGGCCGGUUGAAGGCGGUCGUAUAGAAGACGUGGACGAGACAACUGUGCGCAAAUUCUUUGUCAACGGAUUGAAUCCACAAGAGAUAGGAGAAAAAUUAUUCGUGGCUAAGCUCAGGGAUGAGCGUGUGCGAUGGCAUCCAGACAAGAUCCAGCAGAAGCUGGGUGGGCAGGUGGAUGAAGAGACUAUGAAGGGCGUGACGGCUGUCUUCCAGAUUAUUGAUAAAUUGUGGACGGAGAGUCGGCCGAGGACACAAUGACGAUAAUCCUAAUAUAAGAUAUCAUACAUGGUCAUGCUACAGCUGGUAAAUUCGAAUGUGAUGCUUCUCCCGGAUCAGAGUUGCAUGGCUUGGUACAUUUGUAUGAGAUAAACAGCCAAAUGUUGACUGUGUUUAUUGCAUAUACCUACUGUAAGGUUCUGCGAGAGGAUAACCAUGCAUCCUUUGGAGCCAAGAUAGCCAGUUUUUGGUUCCAUUUCCUGAUCCUGCUGCCCUGUGUCCGAUAUGACCAUCGUAUCAAGCACUUGACACAGAUAAGUAGGGAAAUACUAAAGGAGAUAAUGUGAUUAGAGGCAAACCGUGUUCGGAAGCAUAUUUCGACGUACUGGGGGUUUCAAUAAGGCAUAUUCUUCCAAGUAACACAAGUUCGAUGGAUUUGAAAGUUCUUAUGGAACAGCCACAGUCCAUAGCAAUCAUAUUAAAGUCUCACUCUAGC